GACAGGCGAAUAGAGGACAGCUGAGCUGCAGCAUCCCGUCCAACAGCAGGACCAGCGAGGGUGUACCUCCGCCUCGCGAGUCGGGACCAUGUGGACGGGCAGCCCGCUGCUCCGGGACGUUGGCGCCGCCGUGCUCACGGGAGUGGGCGCGGCUGCCGUGCUCCGCUUCUGGGAAGAGAUCGCCAACCGCGCCCUGCUGGACCAGGUCACGCUUUUCCUUUGUUUUUUUCCCCAGUUUCUGUGCUCCGUAUAAAAUCCGGUAUCUAUUGCUUGCGCUAACAAGUACAGUAGUAAUUGAAGUUUUGGUUUCGAUUCGUUCCAAAUUGCCCUGAACCCCACCCUCGAUAGUCAACCCACCAAGCUCUAGCAGUACUGCAGCUUCACUAGUCAUAAUUAUAAUCAAACUUUUAUUAGCUAUCACCUUCGAAGCCUAUUGAUAUCAUUUUCCCUUUCAAGAUGAAUCUACUGAUUGAUCUCUGUAUAUGUCUUUCUCUGUGCAUUCUAGAAACUCUGCAGGAAACUGGUGCACAUAACUGUAGGAUUAGUGUUUUUCCUUAUGUGGCCUUUGUUCAGGUAAAGUAAAAAUUAGGCCACCAGCAAAGACAAAAAUUCCUCCUCCUCCAGUCGUAGCGUAUCAACCUGACUGCAUACAAAUAGUUCCUUUCCUUGCUCAUUUCGUUUUCAGCUCAGAUGAUGUGUUUGCUCCAUCUCUCGCUCCGCUUAUCAUCAUCAUCAACAUCAUGAAAGUGACAGUGAUUGGACUUGGUUUCGUGAAAGCUGAAGGUGUGGUUAACUCCAUGACUAGGCAUGGAGACCGCAGAGAACUUCUCAAGGGCCCGCUGUAUUAUGCCUGUGCUAUAACUCUGACAACAAUAGUUUUCUGGAGGACAUCUCCCAUCUCAAUCGCGGUGAUCUGCAAUUUGUGUGCCGGAGACGGUGUUGCUGACAUAGCUGGGAGACGAUUCGGGCAUGUUAAGCUCCCUCACAACCCUGAAAAAUCAUAUGCCGGGAGCAUCGCAAUGUUCUUGGCAGGUUUCAUCGCAUCAGUACUGUUCAUGUGCUACUUCAACAUUUUCGGGUUUGUUGAGAAGAGCUGGACCAUGGUUGCUGCCUUUGGUGUGAUAUCCCUGGCUGCAGCAGUUGUGGAGUCACUCCCGAUCAGCACACGCCUUGACGACAAUCUGACGGUUUCUGUCGCAUCAGUGCUAGUUGGCGCCCUUGUUUUCUAUUCCAUUGGAGCCAGAAACCUGUGCUGCAUGAGCAGCGAAGUCAGGAGAAGUAUCCCAGCAACCGUUGGAAUGGUGUUUGCAGGCAGCAGCUGAAACAUGUAGCCACAGUCCAGGAGCAGAGUUGAGCAGAAAGUGCAGAGAAAGGAGUUCUUCAAUCCUGAUGUGUGUGUAUCUUGUACUGUAACCAUUUUCCUGUCUAAGCAGACAUUCUUGUAACUUUAUUAAGAAAGAGGUAAAGCGAGAAUAAGUUU